CAUCAGAUCAUAGGACAACGUUUGACCAUGCUGACCUUUACUUUUCAUAUCCUGUUGAUGGUGAUGUCCCUCCCCAUCGUCAUGGCGAUGCCGGAGCCCACCUGGCAGCCCCCCCUCACUGCUCCUCCAUCACCACCCACCCCACCUGUGAAUGACCCCGGACGCAGCUUUCACUCAAUUGGAGACAACAUGACGGAGCCGCCGACCCGGGACCUGGAGACCUUCUGCCAGAUGCUGCAACAGAACCCAGACCCCGUCCCCCCAGACCAGAUCCCCUGGUUCUGUCUCUGCACACACUGCCAGAGCACCCAGGGGCCUAAAGGGGACAAAGGAGACCGGGGGCUGCCAGGUCGUCCAGGUAGUCCUGGAAGUCGGGGGUUGAUAGGGUUCAGAGGUCCCCCAGGUUUUGUGGGCAGACCAGGGGUCAAAGGGCAGAAAGGAGACGAGGGGGAGAAGGGACAACAAGGACCCCAGGGACUAGUGGGACCCGAAGGAGACCGAGGCUUCAAAGGUGACAAAGGUGAUCAAGGUCUGGAGGGUCUCCCCGGGGAUCAGGGUCCUAAAGGAGAUGAUGGAGUCUGUCCAGAGACCUGUGAGUCCAGCCUUGGGCCCCCGGGAACCGCAGGUCUACCUGGCCCCGCAGGACCUAGAGGUCUGCCUGGUACUCCGGGGCUGCUGGGGCCCAAAGGCACUAAAGCUGAUGUGGGUGAUCUGGGUCCCCCUGGUGCCCCUGGACUUGUGGGUGAGAAGGGAGAACUGGGGCCCCAGGGGGAGUGCAACUGUACAGACGGAGAAGACGGGAGUCCAGGGCAGAGGGGGGACAAGGGAGACAAAGGGGGGCAAGGACAGAUAGGGCCUGAAGGGCAAAUGGGACCACAGGGGGAUCAGGGAGACCCAGGGUCCAUUGGGAUGAUGGGUCCUCCUGGUCCCUGCAUGACAAGUAUCCAAUCGGCCUUUUCUGCAGGGCUGACAUCCAGCUACCCCCCACCCAACACCCCCGUGGUCUUCUCCCAAAUUCUCUACAAUGUCCAGGGGAAUUACGACCCGACGACCGGAAUCUACAUCGCCCCCAUAAACGGCACUUACGUCCUCAGCUACCACCUCACCGUCCAUGAGCGUGUCCUCAAGGUCGGCCUCUUUCUUAAUUUCAUACCAGUUGUUAAAACAACUGACCCCAAAAUGUUAGGGACCACCUCACAUUCCAUCAUCCUCCACCUGGCCCGGGGGGACAUGGUGUGGCUUCAGGUGAAGGAUGUGGUCACUAACGGCAUGUAUGCUGGUGCUGAGACCAAAAGCACCUUCUCUGGCUUCCUGCUCCACCCAGACACAUGUGACGUGGCCCUACUCAGGGGCCCCAUGGCCCCAGUCACCCCACCUGAGGGUGAAUACACCUGGGGCGACAUAUCUAACAGCAACACUGCUUCACCUGCUGUGGGAGGAUCCAACUAAUCAAUAAACGACCUUCCGUCUCCUGUGGCAGGUCACCAUUACAAACACAACCAAUCAAACAACAGAUGCACAAGUAGAUCAGCUCAGACCAAUCCAGACAAACUCAGAAGAUCAUUUAUAAAACCAACCAACAGAAUCCAUCCCUGCAUCAGAGGACGCAUGUGUUCUGAAGGUCCGAGCACCGGUCCCGUCCUGAACGUCCACAUCAGAGACAAUUGGUCUUCCUCGUUUGAUUGUAGAAUGUAAAACAGAAACCAUCUGACAGUGACGACCUGAGACACUGUCAAUCAAUCACAGUGACCUGUCAAUCAUGUAGUCUCUCAUUAAACCAAGACACAAAGUGAGGCGAAGUUUGAGACCUGGUGGUUCUGACCCUGAACCAUGUGACUCAAUCGUUUGUCUUUCUACUGUUUGAAUCUGUUACUUUAUUUGAGACAGUUGCUGCAUUUUUGUUUGUUUACUUUUUGUUGCUGUUCAAUCCCUCUGUUGUAACAACGUCCUGAAUCUGGUUCAUCUGUAAACUGCUGAGAAACAUCAUGAGCAGGAUGUUAACAGGCAGUGAGUUGCUGAUGAUCCACACUGAUUCAUCACCUGUCUCCAGUGGGCGGAGCCUCUUCAGGUCUCUGUCUGAGUCCCCGAUGAGUCAAUCAGACCACACCUGAACCACAUCGGGUCAUGUGAAUAUUUACCACAGAGUAAGGGUUUGUUUGUGUUUUUAAGCUUCAAUGUAGAAAAUAAAACCAGCAGAUUAUUGA